UUGAAAAAAAAAACUAUUUAACGAAAAACAGUUUAAUGUUAAAUAUUGAACGCGUUGGUUGUGUUUUUUAAACCGUUUACGUUUUAAAAAAAGGAAAAAUAAAAGAACAAAUAAAAAUUUUUUCAAUAAAUUAAAAUCAAUAGAGCAGAAGAUAGAAAAUAUUGUGAUUAAAAUUGUGUAUGAUUUCAAGAAAAAAACGUCUAUACAUGGAAAAAACUUUCUACAAAGUUUGUAACAAAUGUAAAAUAAAUUGAAAAAAUUAUAAAAUCCAAAUGAUAAAUUUGUGACUGAAACUAAACUAAACAUUCCUAAGAGAUUUCUUAACUCCAUAAAAAAAAAACAAGAAAAGCUAAUAAAUUAUUUACACAGAAACUUGAAAAAAAGCUGCUGCUUAGCAACUGACACGUCUCACAAGUAAAACGUGACAAAUCUUAUUUGGUCAAGGGGGUAAAUCCAAGAAAAAGGACUUUCUAAACAAAAUUAUAAAAAAAAAAUUAUUACCACAUUUGUUGUAAAAUCCUUGUUUUUGGUAAUACACUGCGUGUUAGUAAUUUUCCUGAAUGGAGACGAAAACUCAACCAACUUUAUUGGAUAAAUUGAAAAACAAUUUCAAAAUGAUGGGUUGUUUACAGCCAAAAGAAGAGAAAUCUUUAGAUCCAAUACAAACUAUGAAGGCGGCUUUACUUAUACAACGUUGGUAUAGACGUCAUAAUGCGCGCAUGGAAAUCAGACGACGCUACACCUGGUCCAUAUUUACGAAUUUAGAAUAUGCCGGUGAACAAGAUCAAAGUGGAGCUUUAACAAUUUCUUUAAACGCUUUAUUAACACACAUUCCAAAUGCUGCUGCCCAAAGAGAUCAAUUUGAUUCCAAUAUUCCGAUGAAUCCGAUUAUCAUGAGGAAUAUGAUAGUGUUUCGGGUGCCAGAUAUAAAAGGGCCACAAAUUAAAUUUCCAUUAACUAAAAAAGAUAUUGAUACUCUAAUAGAUUUGUUUCGUAAGAAAAGGUCAAAUCGUCUUCAUGCUCGCUAUGUGGGCGCUAUUUUAAAAGAAGCUGCUAUAAAGCUACGCACUUUGCCAAAUUUAAAUACGGCCUCUACCGCCAUUUCCAAACAGAUAACCAUCUGUGGUGAUUUGCAUGGCAAAUUGGAUGAUCUGUUGGUGGUGUUUUAUAAGAACGGUCUGCCAUCUUCCGAAAAUCCCUAUAUAUUCAAUGGUGUUGUGGAUCGUGGCAAAAAGGGCUUGGAAGUAUUUCUCUUACCUAGCCUGUUCUUAGCCUUUCCCAAUGGAGUUUUCCUUAAUCGUGGCAAUCAUGAGGAUUCAGUAAUGAAUGCACGUUACGGUUUCAUAAGAGAAGUUCAACAGAAAUACAAGCGCAAUUCAACGAAAUUACUUAAACUCAUUGAUGAGGUGUAUCGUUGGCUGCCAUUGGGCACUGUUAUUAAUAGUCGUGUAUUGGUGGUGCACGGUGGUAUAUCCGAUACAACCAAUUUGGAUUUAAUUAAAAGUCUUGAUCGUGGCAAGUAUGUUUCAAUUUUACGACCACCAAUUGAACAAACUGGCGGAGAGGGUAUUGACAAGGUCGAAUGGAAACAG